AUGCCUUCCUUUCUCUCUUCCACGGCGACUCUGGUGCGCCGCUUGUUGACCGAUCCCGAAUACUACUGGUUUCUCGCCGCCUUGGUCAUAGUGGGAGAUGCGGUUCUUACUCAGCUGAUCAUACGCUUCGUGCCCUACACGGAGAUCGACUGGUCGACAUACAUGUACCAGAUACAACUCUACAUCAAAGGAGAGCGUGACUACUCACAGAUCAGUGGGCCCACUGGACUUCUCGUGUAUCCGGCCGGACAUGUCUUCGUUCAUCACGCAUUGCACGACAUCACGAAUGAGGGCUCUAAUUUGGGCAUGGCUCAGCAGAUAUAUGCCGCCUUGUACAUACUUUCCCUCGCACUUACCUGUGCCAUCUACCAUACCGCCGGCGGGGUGCCCAACUGGAUCCUACUCCUGCUUCCUCUGAGCAAGCGCUUGCAUUCCAUCUUCGUUCUUCGCAUGUUCAACGACUGCUGGGCCGUUAUCGGCGCUCAGCUUGCUAUCUUGGCAUAUGCGAAUGAUCUCGAAAGCCUGGGUACCACUCUUCUGAGCAUGGCUAUAUCUGUCAAAAUGUCCGUCCUGCUCUACAUACCAGGACUGCUUGUCAUCCUCGUGAAAGGCAAUGGACUGUCGUCCACUAUUCGCAACGUCUUCAUGAUGGUGGCCUUGCAGAUGUUGCUAGGGAGGCGGUUUCUCACCGAAUUUCCCCGCGAAUACCUUCGCGGCGCGUUCGAUCUGUCCCGCGUCUUCUUGUACAAAUGGACCGUGAACUGGCGCUUCGUGGACGAGCAGACUUUCUUGAGUCCAAACUUCGCUCGUGCACUCCUGAUCGGCCAUAUUACCAUGCUCGUCGCGUUCGGAUUCAGAUGGUCGCAAAGAGACGGCGGCGUGGCCCUGCUUCUGAGACGCGCGUUGACAUACCCCAAAGAAGCAUGCAGCUAUCUUACUAUAACGACUGACGAAAUCACCACGAUCUUCUUCACUUCCAAUCUGAUAGGGAUGCUUUUCUCGCGUUCGUUGCAUUACCAGUUUUACUCCUGGUAUGCUUAUCAGCUGCCCUUUCUGGCAUGGCGCACGCGUUAUCCGGUCCCGCUUAAAUUAGCGCUUCUCGCCGCGAUUGAGUAUAGCUGGAACGUCUACCCUUCCACCGUACUCUCAUCCGGUAUCCUGUGCGCCUGCAACGCCAUACUACUCGCGGGCGUUUGGACUGGGCACGCACAAGGUGUUCAGAUCAAGCCUCUCGCUCCCCCCAAGUCCCGCUCGCAUUCACCGGAAUAG